CCUAGCUGGGAGUCAUGUUGCAAGCAGGGAUCAGUCCAGUUGCAACUCUUGCCUGAUCCACCUGAGUACUUGAAGGGCUUGCUCGAACGUACGGACACUCAAGCCCGUCACUUUAAGGACAACCUUUGCCAGUAAAACGCUGCCUUUGCCUUUACUUUGUUGGGCUGCGAUAUUGUUUCGCCUGAGGAUCGUGCCAGCAACAACAGCAACAACAAUAACAAUAGAGGCGGAUUAAACGCCUUCCAGAUCUAUGGCGCACUUUGCCAUCGUCAAAGCCCCUUGACUCCAGUUGAAGGCAGUGAGCCUUCCUACGCCCAGCUGUAUAUCUUUGGUCCAUGCUAUGCCGCUGAAAGAAGACAAGCACGAAACAGCAACCUUGAUCCUAAGAUCGUUAGGGAGCUUUCGGUCAUGCUUGCCCAAUGCAACCCUUUUGCGCGUAUAUAUCGCCAUGCACACGAGAUAUUGAGCAACCAUGAAAGCAGCAACACUGUCAGUGAUGGUAAUAAUCAAAGAGAAGUCAGUGCGCCAUACAUCAUUAUCAGCCCAUCAAUGAGAAUGUGCUUAAUUGAAGGAAGCGAUAGACACACUCACAACCUUCCAAAAAUGGAAGAGAUUGCUGCUGUUAUACCAAUUGAGUACAGUGACAGAGGUUUCCGUGAUAUUGUUCUUACCUUGAGAAGCAAUAGCAGUCUUCGUCAAAACACUGGAUUUGAGCAGCACUUUCAGAGCAUUAUUCAGGCCCAUGCUGCAUACAUGCCAAGUCAUUAUUUACAUUUGUUUCUUCACGAAAUAAAAAAGUGCCUUGCAUUAUCUGAAAAUAAAAUAAUUUGUAAACGAGAGUGAUGAGUUGUUUUAUCAUUAGAUAAAACAAUAGAUAACAACUUUACAGUUCUGUCUAAGAGAAUUACACAAGUAAAUAGACACUUAAAAGAAGGAAGGCAUUCUUCUGUUAAAUUUAAUAUCAUUUAUUUAUUGAACUUGAGAAGGAGAGAAAAGACUAAGGGCAAAAUGAACAUAGUAUUGUAGAUAAAUAAAAAAUGUCGUCAAACAGAAAUUGUUGUUAAAAAUAAAUCUUGUCAAGGCACCUUUUACAAUUAUUGUUAUUCUUUAUCUCUUUCAUAUUUUAAACAAAAUGCGCGAUCAAGUCCGUAGUAUUCUUAAAGCAAUGUACGAGAGAAAAAAACAAAUAGAAAAUGAGAAACAUCAAACCUCAUCCACAGGUAAAAUA